CGAACGGCCAGGGAACCUUUCGUUUGGAUACAAGAGCUUGCAACAUCUGCAACUGAAAUGUGGGUUACUGGUUCAAUUACAGAGGACAGUGGAAGCUUCUUGAAGAGAUUUUGAAGUGAAAUGUUUCAAGACUGAGGCAUCCGCGGGCACACUGGACGAUCCAAAUGUAGGCCGAACAGAGCAGAUGGGUCUACCUUUGGACAAUCUCAACAAAGACAAUGAAGAAGCUCCUUGUAAAUAUGGAGAGCAAGGAGAGGCCUCAGGGAACAACAGCCAAACAGAAACAUGCGCUGCCACAUCUCCUCUAGUCACUAAGAAGAAGAGGAAGACCAAGAAGAGGUUGUGGAUUAACCUCACUAACUGUAAAUAUGAAAGCGUUCGACGUGCAGCUAGACGCUAUGGCCUUCGGGAGGCAGCAGAGGGCGAGGACUGGACCUUGUUUUGGACCGACUGCUCUGUGUCUCUGGAUCGAGUCAAGGAUAUGAAACGCUAUCAGAAAAUCAACCAUUUUCCUGGAAUGAGUGAAAUCUGUCGUAAAGACCUUUUGGCAAGAAACUUGAACCGAAUGCUCAAACUUUUCCCCAAAGACUACAAUAUCUUCCCCAGAACAUGGUGCCUUCCUGCUGAUUUCAGUGACUUCCAAGCUUUCACCAGGGCCAAAAAGAACAAGACAUACAUUUGUAAGCCAGACAGUGGGUGCCAAGGCAAGGGCAUCUUCAUCACCAAAGCAAGUAAAGAAAUACAGCCUGGGGAACAUAUGAUCUGCCAAGUUUACAUUUCUAAACCGCUGAUAAUUGACGGUUAUAAAUUUGACCUGCGAAUCUACGUUCUGGUAACAUCAUGUGACCCUUUCAGCAUAUUCAUGUUUAGAGAAGGUCUGGCUCGAUUCUGUACCUCAAAAUACAAUGAACCAACCCAUAACAAUGUGGAAGAUGUGUGCAUGCAUCUAACCAACUACUCAAUAAAUAAACACAGUGAAAACUUUGUGCGUGACGAGGACACUGGGAGUAAAAGAAAGUUAUCCACCUUGAAUAAGCACCUUGAGGUCAUGAACUGCAACACAGAGAAAAUGUGGAAUGACAUUGAAGACGUUAUAAUAAAGGUCCUGAUCUCAGCUCAUCCGAUCCUAAAGCACAACUACCACACCUGUUUCCCAAACCACACCAACGGCAGUGCCUGCUUUGAAAUCCUGGGCUUCGACGUUCUGCUCGAUCACAGGCUCCGGCCAUGGCUCCUAGAGGUCAAUCACUCCCCCAGUUUCACCACUGACUCUCAGCUGGAUCGUGAAGUGAAGGAUGCCUUGCUCUAUGACACCCUGGUCCUCAUCAACCUGGGAGCAUGUGACCGUCGAAAGAUCACAAAGGAGGAGAGACGCAGGGUGAAGGACAGGCUACAACAGAAUCGCUCCAGAGAGGCCAGGUCAGAGGAGCUGCGCCAGUGCCAAGCCGCCUCCGUGGAGCAGAUGGAGAGGUACGAGGCCAAACACCUGGGAGGCUUCAAGAGGAUCUACCCCCGAGAGGGAGGGGAGAAAUAUGACAAGUACUUCAAACACAGCAGCUCGCUCUUUCAGGAAACCACCGCGUCCAAGGCCAGAGAGGAGUGUGCCAGGCAGCAGUUGCAGGAGCUGCGUCUGAAGCAGGAGCAGAAGGAGAGGGAUUUGAAAUUGGGUCGGAGGAAGGACUUACAGGGAGAGACCGCGGGAGAGAGAGUGAGACCGAGGAGGAGUCAAAGCAACCUCCAAAACUCUGCCACGGACCCCGGACCGCUCGCAGAGAACCCCUGUGUGCUGAUGGGCUUGGUGGAUGUGGGGGGAGAGGAAGAGGACAGGGAGACGGAGGAAGAGUUGGAGAGGGUCCGGGGGCUGCUAGAGAGGAAGAGGCUGUUGCAAGACCUCGGGGUGGUUGAUCAAAUCCACCACAUGAUUCAACAGCAGCAACAGACAGGGGGCGCCACAGCAGAGAACAGGCCCGCCCCCACACAGGCCCUGCACCUAACACAGCACCCGAAGUUCAUUCACUCCCACAUGACCCAGCCGAGGUUACUGCGGUCCACUUUUGAACAGAGGACCCUGAACACAACGGGAUUUGAGUCUGAGACCAGACCAGAGGACUCUGGGACCGGCAGCCUCCAGAGGAUCCCCUUCCCUGUGGGCAGCUCCUCUCUGGGUCGUCAGGACAGUAAGAGCAGCACGUACAGCCGCGCCAGGGCCAGUAUCCCACUCAUAAACCAGAUCCCCAAAGCCCGGACGCGGUGCCCCUACAUGACCCAGGACGCUGACACCCUGCAGAGCCUGUUAGUCAUCUCCACUCGGGCCCCCCUGGUCCGGAGGCCUGGCUUCUCUCAAACUGCCAGGCAGCACCCCUCCCAAAGAGCAGCAGCGCACGGAAAAGGCCUGAAACCACAUAUGCAGACAGACACAUGAGAAGAGAAACAGAUAUUUAGGGAUUAAGGAAGUGGAAGAUGGACCAAAGCUGUGAAUGCACAAACACAGGGAGGACUGCUAUAUCUGGACUCAUGUUUCGCCUCAGUGAAAGUCAACAACACAAAAGAUUCACAUGUUUCUAUCCACUGUGUGAUGACAGACAUUUUGUUUACAUAAUAGUCUCUAAAGGGGAACAGUUUAAUGAAACUAAGCUCUAUGUGCCAAAAAGGAAGUGAACAUGCCUUGUGAAAUAUGUUAUAUUAGGUAAGAAAUGUAAACAAAACCUAUUGUCAGGUUUUAGCCUCA